CAGCUUUUAAAACUUGUUUACACUUUACGUAAAAAAAGAAAAGAGAACACGCGUUGCACCCUGGAUUUCGGGCGGAUUUGUACCGGAUUGCAUUUAAAUAUUUGGUUUCCGUAAUUUGAAUUAGUUACAAGCACUGAUUACUGUUUCGUAGACCAUUUGGCUGAAGUAUGUGAAAUAAAAAUCACAACCGCGGAGAUGUCAUUAUUGCGAGUAUUGGGUUGCGAAAUAUUGUCAAUUUAUCGCCAGGGAAUCAUUGUGACGAAUCAUCGGUCGUUUCUAACAUCUGCCCAUCGAUUUGCUGACCAGACCGCAUCAUCCGAAGUAGCUGAAGGCGAUCAAGCAGAAGGUGAAGAAGAACAAUCUAAAGGACAAACUCGGGAGGACCCAAAGGAUCGUACUCGUAUAAUUCCGGUUGAGACUAGCAUCCGAUACCUGGCCAGUGAAGCGUACCAACAAACCUACCAGGGGGAUCUAGUCUGGAAGCAGUACCGCAGAAAUCAUAAGGGUUUGUACCCACCGAACAGAACCCGCAAAACGUGCAUCCGGAAGGGUAAACUUUCGACAGGAAAUCCUUGCCCGAUCUGUCGUGACGAAUAUCUGGUGCUGGACCACAGGAAUGUCGAUCUGAUCAAGCAGUUUAUCUCGUCGCAAAACGGAAAAGUGCUCAGUUAUCAAAUAACUGGCCUGUGUCAGAAGCGUCAUCAGGAACUUUUAGUGGUCGUUCAGCGUGCUAUGGACUACGGUUUGAUCACUUUCGACGUGCCUUUCCGAAACUACGAUUACUCCGAAUAUUACCAGGCACAGAAGCAAUAAUAAUAAAUAUUUUUUAGUUUGUCCCUAGUGAACGGUAAUAAAAUAGUUCAACGAG